CGGAGCCUAAGCGGCGCGUCCACAGGAAGAUGGCGCUCCCCGCGGGUCCGGACCGGCGGCCGAAAAGCGACCCUGAGGACCAGCUCCACCUCAACCACCGGGAGCUGGACGAGCUCGGCCUGCCCCCGGACACCGGCUCGGACGGAAUACCGCUUCACUCGCCCUGGACCUUCUGGCUGGACAGAUCACUUCCAGGAACAACAGCAGCAGAAUGUGAAUCUAACCUGAAGAAAAUCUACACGGUGCAUACAGUACAGAGUUUCUGGAGUGUGUACAAUAAUAUUCCCCCGGUGACAAACCUGCCGCUACGAUGCAGCUAUCACUUAAUGAGAGGGGAGAGGAAACCCCUAUGGGAAGAAGAAUGUAACGCGAAAGGCGGCAUAUGGAAAAUGAAAGUACCGAAGGAAAGCUCGCCUACUGUCUGGAAAGAAUUGCUCUUGGCCACAAUCGGGGAGCAGUUUACAGACCACUGCGCGGCAGACGACGAAGUGAUUGGUGUCAGCGUAAGCGUCCGGGAUCGGGAAGAUGUUCUUCAGGUUUGGAACGGAAACGCUUCUGUCGUUGGUGAAGCUACAGUGCUAGAAAAAAUAUACGCACUCCUGCCAAACGUCACUUUCAAAGCUGUAUUUUAUAAACCCCUGGAAGAGCAUCACGCUUUUGAAGGGGGACGUUCGAGGCAUUAGACCCACACCGUAGCGUUUAUAUAUCCGCUUCUCUAAUCCUCUUGCUUACCAAUAGUUCCAGUCAUUGCAGGACUACUGGACUGUGAAGGGGUUAAUAAGUCUGGACGGACAGCGGGCCAGGCCUGUGUUUCUUGCAGUACCACCCUGCAUCUUUGUGGGUUUUUAGAAUUAUUUUUUUUUUAAACUACUUCAGAAUGGGCAAUUUGGUACUCAAAGUUAGAAGAACAAAAUGUAUCUUGCUUGAUAAAUAUUAGGCAAAUCUAAUGCUUAGGUUUUUAAUGUGCUUUUUAUAU